GAAAACCAAAGAAACUGGGACAGACAUGUCAGUGAUGCUGCCUUCGCAAUCCGCAGCGUGGUAUACUCGUCAAUCAAUACCUCGCCGUAUUAUGCCACUUUCGGUAUGCCUAUGAUACAGCAUGCUGCAUCAUACGAGCUAUACCGAAAGCUGGGCGCCUUGAGAGACGGGGAUUGCGAGGUGGAGGCAGCAAGCGAUCGAUUAGAACUUCUACGAAAUAAGAUUUUGAAAGAGCUGAAGUUAGCCCAUGAGAGAAGCGAGAAGGUUUAUAAUACGAGGAGUAGGGAUGUUAAGUUUCAAAUUGGACAAGUGGUAUAUCGCCGAAACUUUAAACAAAGCUCACAAGUAGAAAAUUACAACGCCAAGUUAGCGCCAAAGCAAGUUAAAUGUAUAGUAUUAAAGGCCAUUGGCAAUUCCAUGUAUGAGCUUGGCGAUAAUAGUGGGAAAAAGAUCGGCAUAUACCACGCUAAAGAUAUUUUUGCUAGGUAAAUUUUUGUUUCAUGUAGUUCUGUGUCAAGUGUUAAGUGUUUAUUUUUCGGCUAGAUGUUCUAUGUUUCC